UCUGGAUUCUGACUCCAGACCUCCUCCCUUCCAGUCAAAUCUUAGGAGCCGUAUACGUUGCUGCGUUUGUCGUCACUUGUUUUGUGUUUUAUACUCGGUUACCUUUGUCUUUUCUGGUUUGAAUAUCACUGAUUAUUUGCUUCGUAUCUUUGUAUUAAUGUACUGGUAGUGCUUUCGGUCCUAGCGGCCCAUCAGCGUACAAGCAAACGUUUACGAUGUCAAGCGAUAAACAGACAGUUCCCGAGAAGAAGCAGGUUGUGUCACCGUCAGAGACUGAAAAAACAAAGCCCCCAGCACCACGAGCUUCGGUUGGUGCGAGCGGAAAACCGGUCGCGAAAGUGCGUUCUGAGAUCAAUAAAAGCGCUCAAGCGAAGAAAUCAGCACCAAGCAAGGCGAAAACAAGUGCAGCUAAGGGUGCACGAAAGACCGGCAGGAAGCGGAAGCAGUCAACGUCAUCAGAAUCUGAACCGGAACCAAGCGAAGACGAAUCUGAGGGAGAUGGCGAAGAGGGAAUUUCGAAACCGAGUUCCAGUGCCAAUAUAAAGGCGGGUAUAUCUGCGUAUCCACCCGGUGGAAUCCGUGUGGGAUUGAGUCGGAAACAUAAAGGCGCUUCUCUCCAUCCCGACCUCGGGCGUAAGCUGCGGAGUCAUCGCUGAUUUGAAGGCUGACUGUGUUUUGCGGAAAAUGUGACGUUUACCGGCUACCCGUCUUGUUGCUGAAGACAGUAUGGAAUUAUGGCGUUGCCUUCUUUCUCAUACCUUCCUGAUUCUCUCAAGAUGUUCCCUUUUGUCAGUAGCAACUUUUCCUGCCCGUUUGGUUGUUACGGUUCUUUAUUUGAACUUAUUUAUUUAAAAUAAUGCUUUUUUUCAGAAUUUAAAAAAUGUUAUACCUAAAAAUCGUGCACAAAGGAGUUUGCAGUGUCCAAGUGGAGUGUAAUAGUUACUUACUCGUUUGCAAUCGCCGGUUCUGUCUGUCGUAAACUGGAACGGAUUUCACUAUUAAA